AUGAGCUUGAAGACGUUUCAUGUUUUUGCCUUUUAUUGGUGGGUUUCAAUUGUAAAAUGGGAUUCUAAUGUCAGAUUUUAUAAGAGGAAGCGAAGGAGAUCCAUCAGAGGCGGGAGGAGAGGGUUUUUAUCGGUGACGCUGUCGUCGAUUAAGAAUGGUGGUGACGGGAGCAAUGAAGAGCCCGGUGAGGAGUAUUCGACGACGAGGAGCGUCUUGGAGAAAAUUGGUGAAAAGAGUGGAGAGUCUAAGAAUGAGAGUGGGAGUGAAACUGUGGCGUUUGUGGAGGUUGUUAAAGAAGAGAAGGGAAGGCUGCACGGAGGUACUCUGAACACUGCUAAGCAUCUUUGGUCUGGUGCUGUAGCUGCUAUGGUCUCAAGUAUGCUCCUAGCAAGUUCUUCAAUGGUGGAUUUGUACGCUGUUAUUAUUGUAAUGAAUUCACUUAAGCAUAUUUGA